GUGGCCAAGAUAAGAAGCUGUUUCUGACUGUGAAAUCAUUUUGCAGUUUGGAUGGAUUUGGCAGACAGAUAUUUUUCCAUUGGUAUAGUGUAUAGCUUCUUGAAUUAAAUAAGUUUCCUUGAAGCAAACCUUCUCUCAGCCUUUUCUGUUUGACGAUCACAAUGAAUCAGAACAAAACAUACCUGGUGCUCUUUCUUCUGUGCUUUGCACAUAUUAGUAUUCAGCAAGUCCCCAAAAAGAAGCCACCCACUCCCAAAAAAGCUGAAGCAGUAACUCUUAAAAUGAUUAAUGAUCUGAAGGAGGAGAUUGGCAAGGUCUGGCAAGAGCUGAGUUUACUUCAGGAAAAGCAAGCAUUGCAGACAGUUUGCUUAAAGGGGAUAAACAUCUACCAGAAGUGUUUUCUUGCUUUUCCUGAGCUGAAGACAUACCAUGAGGCCAGUGAGCACUGCAUUUCAUUAGGUGGCACCCUCAGCAUCCCACGAAACAUUGAAGAAAAUGAUUCCCUGUAUAAGUAUGUGCAGAAAUCUGUAGAGAAUGUGGCAGAAGUCUGGAUCGGUGCGAAUGACCUGCUGAAUGAAGGAACAUGGGCAGAUGCAACAGGUAGUACUGUUAGUUUUAAAAACUGGGAGUCUGACAUUACUGGUCAACCAGAUGGAAAAACCCAAGAAAACUGUGCAGCCUUUUCUGCCACUGCCAAUGGAAAAUGGUUUGAUGCUAACUGCCGUGUACAAAAGCCUUUUGUUUGUGAAUUUAAUAUCGCAUAGUGUCCCUGACAUUACCUACCACAGAGCUAAAGUAACAUUGCAUUAUUUGCAUUAAUGUAACUGCUUAAGCCAUUAAAGUUUUGGAAGUGAAACAAAUGAUUUCAUGCUGAAUAUUUACCGAGAUGUACAAGUAAAUCUAUUUCUGUGUCACUCGCUCAGUUUCUUACUCUCUCUAUGUUCAGUGGUGUCACUUAGAAUUAAAUAUACUGUUUAAAAUGCAAGGAAAUAAUAUAUCUGUAGAGAAAGCAUAUUACAGUGUGACGAUUUAAUCAUUAAUUAAUUAACUAUAUAACUCAAUCUAUUAUAUUCUGAAAUGUAUAAAAAACACAUUGCAACCCAGUAAUUAUGCAUUCAUUUGCCUACCUCCUAAAUAAAUUAAGCAGACUUAUGAACAACAAA